UAAAAUUGUGCCUCGGGAAAACACGCAGUACAAUGGCAAAUACGUAUAUUGUUAUUGCUGCAUCGAUUUUGUUCUGCAUUGGAUUAAUUGGAAAUUCUAUCACCGUGUGUUUUGUAUCUGUAUCCAAACGGCUGCACACUCCAACAUACGUCCUGAUUGGAUGCCUAGCAGUGUCUGACGUACUCGCCUCCGUGACGCGAUAUGUUCAGAUAUUUUAUGAAUCUCUUUUUUAUGAGUAUUAUCAUCUAUAUAUAUAUGAGAUAUUCACCUUUUUAUUUAUUAAUUCGGCAUUUUUCCAUAUGGUUUUAGUAUCAUAUGUUCGUUUUGUUUUCAUAGCCAAUCCUCUCCACAGUUUGAAUCUGACUUGUAAACGAAUUUUGUGGAUGUCUUUUGCCAUUUGGAUAAGCUCUGUUGUCGUUUCCAUCGGAUACGGAGCAUUUAAAGUGCUCGAAUUAAUGAACAUAAUAUCUUUCGAAACAGCAGUUUUAGCUGAGAUUGGGUUUGGUUUGUAUGUUAGUGGAAUACCAUUUAUUAUUGUAAUUAUUUUUAAUGUUCGAAAGCUGUAUUAUCUGUAUAACCAAACAGCUUCUGUUCGACGAACCAGAAUAGCCAAUUCGAUGUCGUUGAUGUUUUGGAUUAUUAUCGUGAUUUAUCUCCUUAGCACAAUAUAUCCUUUAUUCUACGUAAUUGACUAUGCAGUGUUAAAAGAAAGGUCACUUCUGAAUAGAAGAUUAGAUUUUGUUCAAAAUAUGUUUUCUUUUUCAUUGCUUGUUAAUAGUUGUUUGAAUCCUUUGAUAUAUUUCAUGUUUUCACCUCCUGUCUUAAGA